AUGAAGAGAGAAAUUCAACACAUUUUUCUACCCUCUACUUUCUUGAUACUGAUCCUUUGCCUUGGCUCCACUGCCCAAAACCCUAAUGUAGGCCUGAGAGAGUUAAAACUUUCUCAUAUUAAUCAGAGGCAGCUCUUGUUCUACACUGACCAAGAUGGGUCAAGAGGGGAGCUUGUGGCAGUCCCAUCCUCCCUUGUUUUUCACAACCCAAGACUCAGGAGUGCCUACGUUGCCCUCCAGGCAUGGAAACAAGCCAUGCUCUCAGACCCUCUGGGCGAAACAUCCAACUGGGUUGGAUCCAAUGUCUGCAGCUACACUGGAGUCUUCUGCUCCCGAGCCCUAGACGACCCGUCAGUCGAAACUGUGGCCGGCAUUGAUCUGAACCAUGGCGGCAUUGCAGGGUACCUCCCCGAAGAGCUGGGUCUGCUCUCAGAUAUUGCAUUGUUCCACAUCAACUCCAAUCGGUUUUGUGGCAGUGUCCCAAAGAGUUUAAGCAAGCUGAAGCUGCUUUUUGAGCUUGAUCUGAGCAACAACCGCUUUGCUGGGAAGUUCCCUCUUGUUGUUCUUCAACUGCCAAAGCUAAAAUUCCUGGACCUGCGAUUCAAUGAGUUUGAAGGUAAGGUCCCCAAGGAACUGUUUGAUAAAGAUCUAGAUGCAAUCUUCAUCAACCACAACAGGUUCUCCUUCGAAUUGCCGGAUAAUUUCGGGAACUCGCCGGUCUCAGUUAUUGUUCUUGCAAACAACAACUUCCAUGGGUGUGUGCCAGCCAGCCUUGGCAACAUGUCCAAGAAUUUGAACGAAGUGGUGCUCACAAACAACGGCUUCCACUCGUGCUUGCCAAAAGAAAUAGGGAUGCUGAAGGAUGUGACUGUGUUUGAUGUGAGCUAUAAUCGGAUCGUUGGCGAGUUGCCGGAGGCAGUGGGUGAAAUGGUGAGCUUAGAGGCGCUCAAUGUGGCUCAUAACAUGCUAAGAGGGAACAUACCUGAGAGCGUUUGUGAGCUUCAGAACCUGAGGAACUUCAGCUUUGAGCACAACUUCUUCACUAGUGAGCCACCAAUGUGUUUGAAAUUGGAGAAGUUUGAUGACAGCAAGAAUUGCUUGCGGCGUAGGCCAAAGCAGAGAACCAUGUUGCACUGUAAAUUGGCCUUGUCUAAGGGUGUUCGUUGUAGUUCUUUUGGAUGCCGUCCUUCUGUUCCUCCCUCCCCACCAUUACCACCUCCACCUCCACCACCACCAUCUCGAUCACCACCACCUCCAUUACCAUCACCGCCACCAUCACCACCACCUCCAUUACCAUCACCGCCACCAUCACCACCACCUCCAUCGCCGUCACCUCCUCCUCCUCCUCCACCACCGCCACCAUCCCCACAGCCUUGCCUUCCCUUGCCACCACCUCCUUCACCACAUUCCCCACCACCACCUCAACCCUCUGAUCCUCCACCAUCUCCUCCUCACAAUUCACCACCACCUCCCCUACAUUCUCCCCCACCUCCACCCUCUAAUUCUCAUCCAUCGCCGCCUCCACCACCUAUUUAUUCUCCACCACCCGCUUCACCUUCUCCACCUCCAUCUCCACCACCAUGUAUGAGACCUUCUCCACCUCCACCUUCACCACCAGCUCCAGUGUAUGAUGGCCCGUUGCCACCAACUAUCGGUGUCUCCUAUGCCUCACCGCCACCACCACUGUUUUAUUAG